UCUGGAAAUAUAUAGUAAACCUAAGUUGUAAGUAAUUAGAAGCCAGCCACAUCUUAAGAAAAAUAUUCUCUUUUUGGAGUUUCUCAAAUCUGUUUUUCUUUUGUUUCAGAGCAGCAUUUUAUUUUCUUAGUUCAACUGAAAAUAAAUUUAAAGUGAUAUUGCAGGACUCGAGCAAGCAGGGCCUGUAGAACAAAUCUGGAUGUACAUACUAUGUGUAGGUUACUCUGAUAACCUGUACUCUGUAAUAUUUGCCCUGCUAUUCUUAAACAGAUUAGAGGGGAUUGUCUGUUUUUAAGUUGUUGCUACUUGCUUCUUUUUACAAUCUUGAGUUUUUGUUUUGUUUAUUAAUAUUUUUUUUAAUCUGGUGCGCAUACUUGACUUUGUGCCAGGAAUAGACUAUUUAAACUUUAAGUUGUGUAGCUUCUCUUCAGUUCACGUUUACUGCUCCUGUAAUUCCUGUAAUGAGAAAUCGUUUGUCCCUGCUUUUGGGGGAUAUUGUCAGAAAGACAAUGAAGCAUCUCGGCUUUCAGCUUGUGCUUUUCCGUUUGCAGUCAUUUCAUUUCAGGUUGUCUGGAGACGAGAGUGCCAGAGCGCGCUGAGGGCUUGCGUUAGCGUACGGUAACGGGAGCGUUGUCUGGGAAGGUCCAUAGAACGGACCAGAUGGAACGGCAUACAAGUCAUCAGGCACUUUGACUCUGCUGCAGCUCUGUAAACACCCUGCUUACCAGGAACUGGCACACCAUCUGUACUGGGACCUACUUCCUAUUUCAAUACUUAUUUUGGUUCCGUAAAAAAAAAAAAUGCUUUAAUUAAUUUAAUUUAUUGUAUCCUUUUUUUUUCUUCUUAUGAUGUUGUAACUGUUUGUAUUCUAGCAAGUUUGAUUGAUAACCUUUAACAGGUGGUGACAAAUGAAGCUGGGGCCUCAUAGGGUCUCCAACCAGACUCUUAUUGGCUGAGAGCUGUGAGCAUGAAGACGUGGCCCUGCCUCCCAGCCAGGGGGAAGACUGCGUGCAACCAAUAUCAUUAAAAGCGAAGAAAAUGUAAACGACAAAAAAAAAAAAAAUUAAGAAUUUGUAUGUUUUAUUAACUUGUCUUACAUGUUGAAGUGUAUUAUGAAACUAAUCACAAUGUGUUUUCACCCCUGAUGCUUUAAUAUACAAGUUUUACAAAUGAAACGAACAUGCGUGUUGAGCUGUGUAACGCAAAUCACAAUUUACAUGCGCUUCGGAAGAAAAAAUAACAGGAUUGUGUGCAGACAUUUUCCUGAGCUUAACACGCAUGGGAAUGUGUGUGGUUGCCACGGGAGCAGUUGAAUGUUAAGACGUAAACGUGUUGGUGCUAAAUGAAGGUCUCCUUUGUUGGAUCAAUGGUACUGUGUCUUUUCAGGAUUUAUGUCAACUAUUACUCCAUUUUGUUUAUACCAUGUGUAUCGAGUAAUAACAGCAAAUGCGUCCUUUGCACUAUGUAAAUACUAGUGAACUUCCUAUUGUAACUAAUGUGAAAGAAAUGGUUGUAUGCGAUACCCUUUUCAACGUAUUGCUUGUGUUUAUAUUACUAUUUAUGGCUGGUUCUUUAAAACUGUACAGCACUGGCAACUUGUAGAUGCUUCCCGUAAAAUAACUGUUAUCCAAUUUGGCUAUCUCGAUUGAUUAUUAAUAUUAAUAUUAUUAAAAUAUGUUGUUUAAGUUAACAUGUUAGUGUUUGUGUGACUCCUCCUGCAAUGGUUCAUUGGUGUCUGUUUUGUCACAGAAAACGACUGCCAUAUUAGAGAAAUUUAAAUUUAGCUUCCCAGUGUCCUUUUGUUUGUUGGAAGGUAAAUGGGUUCACUGCUUCUCCAGUUUAAGAUAACUGGCUUGUUGUAGAAUUUAUGCUGAACACUUCUAGUAGUUUAUUGGGUCAUGAUAUAGACAUACAGUUUUUUGUGUCAUUUUAAGAAAUGGGUAAUUAUUUGAAACAAGCAUUUAUAAAGGCAGACAGUCAGUGAUUUUGUUCUCAGUAAUCAGUCAUAUUUUUUCAAUAAUCACCCAGCAUUGUACGAAAUUUAAGUGGUAAGAAUUGUGGGCCCUCUUGUUUUGCUUGCCAUAUUUGUACAUGUCGUAGGUGUCUCUAACCACCACAAGGGGGAGCUAAAAAUCAAAGUGCCUCCUGGCUGGUUUUGUGAGUCACCAUCUGCUGUACUGCAGCAGUCAGAAGCUUUAAAGGUCAUUUUAAUGGUCUUACAAGUCAAGACUGAUCUUGGUUCUCUGUCAAGAAAGUGGAAAGCUGGGCUUAUACUGUCUUAAGCUUGGCGAUGCUCAAAAUAAAAUGUUAAAAUAUCCUUAAGAUCAUUUAUGCGGAAAUGCAAAGGAGAUGAUUUGUCAGUUCAUUAGCAUGUGUGUAAAGCAAAUUGAAAAUCAAAUUUGAAUUAGUGAACAAUGUCAUGAAAUAUACAAAGAAAACGGUAUAAAUAACCGUAGAUAUGCAGAUGCUUAAUUUCUGUACUUAACAAAGUGUAAACAACAUUUAGUCAGUUUAAAAGCCCACACAACUGCCCACACACUUAGUCUUCACUGGUGAAAAACACCCUGGUCUGUACAGUAUGCAUCAUUAUAGCCCACUUCAAUAUCUAAAUGCAUUUUGUGAUGCAAAGGUUAAUGAACUAUUCUUCUUGUAUGUCCCUCACGCUUUCAUAUUGCAUGAAGCUUAUUUUGCAAAUGGAAUUAAUAUCCUCCCACACAAGGUGCAUUAUUGUUAAAAAAGCAAUUAAUUUUUCCACAUCCGAUUUUCACAGAGUGCAUACGUUUUAAUGUAUGAGUCUGUGCUGUGAGCUUCCAGAAACAAAAGCACCGAAGGGUCUAAGGUACAGAUAAGCGAAGGGGAAAAGCUCUUCCUCUCUCGCGCUGGAGAGGAAGUGAAUGCACCCAGAACUGCCGUGACUCUGCUCUACAGCCUGCCACAGCGGCUCUCAUCUCUGGCCUUCGUCUGUGUCGUUGCGAUAGGCUGACAAAGUUGAACGAGGAGACCGAACAGUCAAUAAAAAAAGGCCAGAUUCUAAGAAAGAAGCAUCAUCGCAUCCCUAGGGAAUAAUACCAUAAGUCUUUGUGUCCUAGGUAACAGAUUCAGAAAUGUUCUUUUUUUAAUACCACGUCUAUGUCUUUUAGAAGGCCCAUCUUUCCUUUGUACCUUUCUUCUGUGAAUUCUCUCGUUUUGUUUAGCUGCUCUCACCUGUGUGGAUUAUUUGCGGCCAGAUAACAAACUGAUAAUGUUGAAAAAGAACAUUCAAAUUGGUUCUGCUUUAGUGUAUUUAUGGUGCAUGAGUCACCCUGCUGCUCUCUGAUUGGAUGGAAGCUUGGAAGGAAAAAAAAAAAAAGGGAAAAAAACCCUCAGGGACUGUCAGUCAAUUACAGGCAUCUCCAGCUUCAUUCACACAUUUGUCGGCAUGCGCAGUGAGGGAGAAACUCAUUCAUGAAAAAAAGGAAAAGUUCAUUCAUGAAAAUUGCAACAUCCUGCGCCUCCUCUCAGUGCCGAGCGGAGCUGCAUAGCAGUGAGAAUGACCUGGCCUGCCAGAGACAGCGAGGAGGCUGAAGGUGGAAACAGGAGCAGCCAACGGGGGCCACAAGUGUGAGGGAGAGGGGAGCGAGUGCGCUGCGUGGCCUGUGUGUGUGUCCGUUUGUGUCCGCGUGUCUGUUUGUGUGGGGAGCGCCUGCGAGAUUUAACGCGUGUGGAGACUACAGCAAAUGCCAUGGACUGACUGAAAAGAAGUGGAUCAACCAAUAAUAUGGGAGAAGACUGCAGAACUGGUGGAGAUACCGUACGCCACGGUGAGCGGGUGGAUAUGGUUUGGGAAGAUUCCGGCUGUCUCUGGCUAUGAGAGAACAGAACGGCCUGGGACUCAGCGCACUGCAUGUAGGACUCUCCGCACAGACAGGCAUGCUGCACCGCACCAAGUACAGCCGCUUCCGCAACGACUCCGUCACCUCCUUGGAGGACGGCGCGCCCAACGCCUCGGCCUUGGCGGCGGCCGCCAAGACGGCUCCCUGCCCUGCCUCCGCCACCCCCCCGUGCCAGAAGGCCGCGCCCCGCCAUCACCCUGACCGGGGCGGUUUGGGUGCUCCAGAGGAGGGCACCUCGACCCUCUGUACUUUCAUACCUAGGAUGGCCAACAUCAAGAUCUCCAGCCCUGCUGCUCUGCUGGGGCUAAAGGGACUGGCCCUGGCCUCCAGGGAGGGCCCCCGUGGCAAGCUGUCUGCGGACUGCGGCACGGCCAAAGGCCAGCAGCACCUCUCUGGGUACCUGCCGCCCUCUUCUCACCUCGGACAGGACCAAGGCGACAGCAAGCUGGCCAUCCGGACUGAGGGCUCGUCUUCCUCUCUCAAGCCCGCCAUGGCGACGGACUGCCUCAGCCUGGACGUUCUGGAAUCUGGAAUGACCUAUCACAUCAAGUACAUGGGCUGCUUGGAAGUGAUCCAGUCCAUGAGGAUGCUUGACUUCGAAACGAGAACACAGGUCACACGGGAGGCCAUAAGUCGUCUGUGCGAGUAUGUGCCAGGUGCAAAGACUGCACCCAAACGGAAGAAGCCCCCAAGUAAAGGACUGUCAACAAUUUUGGGCAGGAGCAACUUGCAGUUUUCUGGAAUGAACAUCAAACUGAACAUCUCAACAGACAGUCUGAGUUUAACAACUCUUGACUCCCAGCAGACUAUUGCCCACCACCAUAUGCAGUCCAUAUCCUUCGCUUCUGGAGGAGACCCUGACACAACCGAUUAUGUUGCUUAUGUCGCCAAAGAUCCAGUCAAUCAAAGGGCUGUCCAUAUAUUGGAAUGUCCAGAAGGAUUGGCUCAAGAGGUGAUACACACUAUAGGGCAAGCCUUCGAGCUUCGUUUCCGACAGUUCCUAAAGAAUCCCUCCUCUCUCAUUGCGUCCAAGCAAAGGGCGACGGAGGCAGACGGUGGCGGAGGCCGGGGUCAGGAGAGCGCCGAGAUCCAUGAGUAUUAUAAUGAGAUACCGGGCAAAGAGCCGCCCCCGGGGGGGCUGCUCGACAUGCGGGUUGGGCCGGAGGCGCAGCAGCGGCCCCCCAGCGGCAGCCAGGCAGAAGAAGACGAUCUCCGAAGACCGGGUUGCCCGCAGCACUUAAACGUGUAUGAAAACUGCUCUCUCACACAAAAGCAACUUCCAUCUGCAGAUUUCGAGACAGGUGUUCCCUCGUGCCUGCCGGACAGCAGGGAGACGGUGUACAGUGCCCUGGGGGAGGGCAGCCCCCUCUCCGGGGUUCUCCAGCACGUCCAGCAGCUACUGCAGCAGGAGGCCUGGUACCACGGCAAGAUGAGCCGACGUGAGGCGGAGAGCCUGCUGACGGACAGCGGUGACUUCCUGGUGCGGGAAAGCAGUUCCUCCCCUGGCCAGUACGUGCUGAGUGGCCUGCAGGGGGCCACUGCCAAGCACCUGCUGCUCGUGGACCCGGAGGGAAUGGUGAGAACAAAGGAUCAUAUAUUCGACAGUGUGGGACACCUGAUUCGCUAUCACAUGGACAAUCAGCAGCCAAUAAUCUCUUGUGGGAGUGAGCUGUGUCUUAAACAGCCAAUCAUCCAAAAACAGUGACAAUAUUCUGAGUGGAUAUUAAGCAGUGGACUUAGUCAUUCUAACUUUGAUCGGGUGUUCCGGGGCUUUCUACCAAAAGGAUGAGGUAUUCAGACUGUACUUGCAUGGUGAGACUUUUUAUUGCAGUCAUAGAUAUUCCACUUUUUUCGGCAGCUGUCUUUUUACCAUCAUAAAUUUGGGUUGGAAUUAAAAUUACUUGCAUUUCACACAAAAAAGAAGAAUAA